AUGACGCGUUCCAGUUUUGUUCCGAAUUUGUUUGUGAAGUUUUGCAAGGUUGUUUGUGCUCCAGUCAUUAACCGAUACAACAGAAGAGUAUCAGUGUGUGCUGAAGCUUUCAAUCCAGAUGAAGAGGAAGAAGAUACAGAACCAAGGGUAGUUCAUCCAAAAACUGAUGAACAGCGAUGCAGACUGCAGGAAGCGUGUAAAGAUAUCCUGCUCUUCAAAAACCUAGAUCAGGAGCAGCUGUCUCAGGUCCUUGAUGCCAUGUUUGAGAGGAAGGUGAAACCUCAGGAACAUGUGAUUGACCAAGGGGAUGAUGGAGACAACUUCUAUGUCAUUGAGCGAGGAUUGUAUGAUAUCUUUGUAGCAAGAGACAACCAGACACGCUGUGUGGGCCGCUAUGAUAAUCACGGCAGUUUUGGGGAACUGGCAUUGAUGUACAACACUCCUAGAGCUGCCACCAUUGUUGCCACAACAGAAGGAGCCCUUUGGGGACUGGAUCGAGUGACAUUCAGAAGAAUUAUCCUGAAAAACAACGCAAAGAAGAGGAAGACAUAUGAGUUAUUUAUUGAGUCUGUGCCCCUUCUUAAAUCCUUGGAGCCUUCAGAACGAAUGAAAAUAGUGGAUGUAAUAGGGGAGAAAGUGUAUCAAGAUGGGGAACGUAUCAUUUCUCAGGGUGAUAAAGCAGAUUGCUUUUACAUUGUAGAAUCUGGUGAAGUAAAAAUCUUGAUUAAAAGCAAGACUAUGACAAGUAAGGAUGCUAACCAAGAAGUGGAGAUUGCCCAGUGUCACAGAGGACAGUAUUUUGGAGAGCUUGCACUUGUUACCAACAAACCCAGAGCAGCCUCUGCCUAUGCUGUUGGGGAGGUCAAAUGUUUAGUCAUGGAUGUGCAAGCAUUUGAGAGGUUGCUCGGACCCUGCAUGGACAUUAUGAAGAGGAAUAUAACGCAUUAUGAGGAGCAGCUGGUGGCACUGUUUGGCUCUAGCAUGGACCUGUUGGAUCCAGGGAAUUAGGCACAGGGUACCUCAACGCCUUCUCAGUUCAAGACACAGAAAAGCCUCCUAUCAGCAACACAACUCACAAGGAAAAUAGACACUACGGAACAGUUACUGCUGCUGUCUUCUUGGGCAUUUUAGAAACCAUAAACAAGUCUCAGCACAGAUGGAUUGCUCACUCCAUGCCUCCACUUUGCUGCUGAUACUUCAUUAUUAGACCUAGAUUAAAGAUGAUUCUAACCCUAUGUUCACUUACAUGGUUCAGAAUGGCAUCUCUCCAACAGUUCAAGUGCCUGAUAUGAAACCCAAAGUGAGCAAGAUGUAAAAGCCUCCUUUUUGGUGUUACCGCUGGGAUAAAUUUUCAGAUCAGAUUCUGUAGUGGUAGGCUGCCUGUUCUGCAGAGGCAACCUAUAGAAUACGAGCCUUUUACAAGCUUAUUAUCUUCUUCUGAUAUUUUCCUUACACAAUGUCAAAUUUGUUUUUAAUUGUAGCAUCUAGGUUUGAAGUUAAAAAUAUCAAUGGAGCCAAUUGGUAAGGUGGCACGGAAGUUUUCUUCAGCCUGCUGAAAGAGGCAGGUACUAUAGUUGUUUAAACCAAGUAAACCAAGCUGGGGACACAGGAGAGAGCUGCUUAGCAAUGAAAUGCAGAAAAUGAAGCAUUACUAAAUUUUAAGUGUUUUCUGGGCAGCAAAGAAAAUGGUUUUACUCUCGGCUGCCCCAAAAAAAGUGCAGUGGUUUGGAUUGUAGUCUAACAGAUCAAAUGGCUUGAAGGUUUCGUAGUUGUCAUCUCCCGAAAUUUGCUCUUUGUUUCUUACACCGAGUAGAUUUUAUUGUGGAGAGAUCGCUAUAUAUGACCUUCUCUUGCUUAAAGAGAUCCUGUAUACUGCUUGAUUUCCCAGGGCACUGUUGUUGUCUGGGUCAGUUUUAAAGCUUUUUAAGGAGGUGAACAUUUUGUAAUUUAAAGGAAGACUCUUUCUGUACUUAUUUACAGGAGCUCCCUCCCACCCCAGUCCUAAUAUUUCACAGUAUUCUAACUUCGUUAGACACUUGGAUGCUUCCAAAUGCCAAGUCUAUUUGCUAAAUCUUUCAAAAGUUGGCAGCAUUUGACUUAGUAGAGCAAAUGUCUUUGCUAACUAUGCAGUUGGUGUGUUUGAGGAAUCUUUCUGGUUUAGGUGAUAACUCAGCUAAUGAUGUUUAUCUAAAAUACCUGUUAAAUUUGCAGCAUUUACUAGGUAGAUUCUAUUUCUGUAGCUUUAAUGACCUUAAUUGGCAUACUGCUAAGAUUUUACCAGAGUAUUAUCUAAAUAAGAACCAGACCAUAAGAAGGAUAUUUUUAUGGUGUAAAACAGAAUAUUUAUAUUCAGACAUUGAAUUUGUAGGUGAUAAAUCUAGUGACCCUUUGAAUUUGCAUUCUUCAGCUCAUGCAAAACUUGUGUUUUAUGGAGUUAUGAAAUUUUAAUUGUGGAUGCUAGUAGAACAGAACCUGCUCUUUUAUUCUUCAUGGCCACGUGAGCAAGAAUAGAAGGAUGCUAAUGUUGAUUUGCUGCUUCUAGUUAUCACAAUGGACAUUUCUCUAAGGCACAAGAUACUUGUCCAGAAACUGACUCAGAGUCAUGGCUAAUAAUUUCUUCCCUAAAUGGAUGAGCUCCUCCCAGUCUCUGCAAUAUGAAUAAGAUGGAAACUUGAUAAGUUUGAAUGGCUAUUGUCCAGUACUGUAAUUGGAAUCCAAUUUUUAUAUAAUAUAAAUGAUUUGUAAUGGACACCACUGAAAGAGGUGUUUCCAUUUUAAAAGUUCUGAUUGUGAUGUCUAGUGGCUAUUCUAACUGCAUGUAUGCUAGAACAGUGAGUUUCCCUUACUUUACUGGACUGGUUUUUCAUGAUAAAUUAUAGCUAAAGAAGCAGCAGGUACUUCUUUCAUGCUUCCGAGGUUUAACACCAAAGACAAAAUCACUCUUUUAAUUGCAGAUUUUUUACAAAAAAAAAAAAAGGAAAAAAAAAAUCAUCAGGUCCUUGCAUUGAUAACAGAUACUUUAAAGUUUAAAGUACUUUGGGUUCAUAGACAGAAGUUUCUCUGAAGCCAGCUCAUGACUGUCCAGCAACCCAAACAUAAACUGGUCUUCAAACCAGGAGGAGUUUCUGUGCUGCCUAAACUGUCGUGUGAACUAAAGAGAAACUUGCUGUGAAAAAUCAUCAGCUGGCCUCUGUCCAUCCCAGGCAGAGUAUCCUCUUUAUCCAGAGGAGCCUGGCAGGUUGGGCUCCCUUCACAGAUGGAUUCUGGUUCUUACAGCCUUCAGUCCUUUGCAUGGCAGGACUGUAUACCUCAGUGUAUGCAAAUGUUGGCAAUUGUUCUGAAGCUUAGCCAAAAAAACAAGCAAGGCUGAUGAAUUCCCUGAUAGACUCUUAAGGUAAUUCUGCCUGGAGGGAGGAUUUGAUGGCUCUGGAAAUCAAAGGAAAGGAUGAGACCAUAAAAUCAAAACAGUGGGAUCCCUUGUGAGCAAGAACAAGCUUUUGAAAUGUUACCUUUCUCUAGACUCUCUGCAGCAAAGUCAUACUGGGCAAUGCCAUCCUGCAGCCAGGAUCUGUGUGACAUUGUUCUGUGGUGUAAAGAGGCAACCUUUAUGAGCUGAAAGAGAAUGGGCCUGUAAGAAGGCUCAUUUCAUUUAAAAUGGUAUAAUUUGCAAUGUUCCUGACUAGUUUGUUCUGGUUUAACCAGCCUGUUCUGUACAACUUUGGAAUAUAAAGAUAGGUGAGAGAAGCUUGUAAUAACAUGCUCAACGUUGUCUAACCAGAUACCUGGUAGAGCACCAGCGAUGAACAAAGUCAGAAAGCACGUGAGUGGGGAUAUUGAAGCCAGGGAGUGAAGUGAGACACCAAUUUGUAAAGAUCUGACUGUGUCGUUUUAUCCCAUCUUUUUCCUUUUCACUGUGACUGCUCAUCGCGAUUGUCGUGGAGAAUGAGCACGAUCUUUGUUAUUGCUUAGUGUUCAGUACAUCUGCUGUGGAUUCUCUGAAAUUGGUAGUGGAGAAACAUCUAGUUUUUAAUAAAAGAACUCAGCAGCAAAGUGGGUAAAGAGGGUAGUGUCAUUGAGACUUAGAGGAAGAACAGUCUCCUAUAUCUGAUUCCCUGCUUGUGAUUGUUGUGAAGUCAGUGAGAGGAGCUUUCAGUGGUCAAGUGUUUUGGCACAUGGUAUUCUGUUUAAUGUCACAGCGCAGGUUUCACAAUGUAAAAAAAAAAAAAAAAAAGGGCAAAAAAACCUCUCUCUUUAAAAACAAAACAAAAUACAAUUUUGCACAGAGGGCAAAAAGAGAAACCCCUUUGAAUGUCACUUCCUUUCUUUCUUUUCAGUUGGCUGAAAAUGGACUCUUAUUCUUGACGUGUAUUUGUAAACUAGUCUUGCCAAAAUACAGACGUUUUGGGUUUUUUUCACUCCA